AUUAAAUACACAAAAACCUCAAUGAUUACAAAAAUGCCUCUGAGAAUAGCAAGAACUUUAUUCUCCGUCAAUUUUCCAGGAUCUCAAAUCAGUAUUCCACAAUAACCAAUUGAAAAAAAUCAGCUAUUUUAAGUGAUAGAAAAUGAAAUAUUGUUUGAAGUUAUUCCAAUGAACAACAACCAACAAAAUUCAGACUAAACCAAAAUCAAUGGUUUCCAAGAUCCAAGAUUUCCUAGAUCAAUAAAGAAUAGAAUUAAGUAAGAACGUAGAAAAUGUUUAAAUUUUAAUUUGUAUCGAUUUCUAUAACAAUGGCCAAUCUAAAGAAUAAGAAAUUAUAGAUAGCCAAAUAAUCCAAAUUCAAUAGACCUCCCAAACUCCCCUCACCUCAUUUAAAAGUAUUCCACAAAUUCAAGCCCCCUUCAGUGUUUAUCUGACCAAAGGGAAUGGAAUCGUAUCCUGUUACGAAUGCGUGGCCUACGAUGGAAAGAUAAAAAUCGAAAUGGUUUCCAUUAUUGAUGACGUUGAAGAACACAAACUAAUUCCUAGAGAAAAUAGAGGAUUGGAGGAGUACAAUGGAUGUAAUCACCAUAUCGAGGAUUCUAUAUAACAUGAAAUGUUGAAUUACUUAAAGACUUUUGAAAUAGAUUCAGAACUUGCUUAAUUUGUACAACACAUUCAAAUCUACUAAGAGCAGGUUCUAAAUGUGAACUAUUUGUAAGACAACCCUAUACUUCAUGAUUGA